ACUAAGUGAGAAAAAACACUAGGUGACUCUACCGACUCAAUCAAUUUGGCGGUUUAUGCUACGAGUCGUAGUUGUCUUGCUUGUGUUUUAAAUUUUUUAUUAGAAUAUGAGUAAUAUUUAUAUUAAUGAACCCCCGACCCGAGGAAAGGUCCUAUUAGUUACAACAGCCGGCGAUAUUGAUGUUGAGUUAUGGUCAAAAGAAUGUCCAAAAGCAUGCAGAAACUUUGUUCAAUUAUGUAUGGAAGGUUAUUACAAUGAUACAAUAUUCCACCGCAUGGUUAAGGACUUCAUAGUACAAGGGGGAGAUCCUACAGGAACAGGAGAAGGGGGUGAUUCAAUUUAUGGAGAACCUUUCAAAGAUGAAUUUCAUACUCGUUUACGAUUCGUUCGACGAGGAUUAUUAGCAAUGGCCAAUUCUGGGAAGGAUGACAAUGGUAGUCAGUUUUUCUUUACUCUUGGAGAAGCUAGAGAAUUGAACAAUAAACAUACAAUAUUUGGAAAGGUGGCUGGAAAUACUAUAUACAAUAUGAUCAAACUUGGUGAUAGUCCGACAGAUUCUAACGAACGUCCGUUGAAUCCUUAUAAGAUAAUAAAAACAGAGAUACUGUCCAAUCCAUUCGACGAUAUAGAGCCUAGGGAAAUAGCUAAAAAGUCGGAGAAACAAGAAAAAGUUAAAACUUCCAAAUCUAAGGCCACAAAAAAUUUUAGUUUACUAUCUUUUGGAGAAGAAGCUGAAGAAGAUGAAAGGGAAAAUGAAGCUUUUACUACGGAAAAUAAUUUGAAUAAAGAUAAAAGUAUACACAGUGAAGUUGGUAAUACAAUUACGGAAAAACUAACAGCUGCAGCAGCUUUUGACGCAGAUAUAGAAAAAGCUCAAACUCGUAAGAAAUUCACGGAUAGUGAAGAGGAUACAGAAGAUGAAGAAGAAAGGAAAGCGAUGAAAGCUAGAAUAUCUGAAAAAUUGAAGAAAAAAACCGAAAUAGACCCUUAUGAAGUGAAAAGUAAACCAGGAAAAAAAGAUCGAAAACUUAAAAGGGUAAAAGAGCGAAGGGAUGAAGAAGAAGAAGAAGAAGAAGAAGAAGACGAUGAUGACGAAUAUAAUCCUGAAAAGAAAAAAAGAUUAAAAUUGGAACAGAUGCGAAAAGAGCAGGAAAAACUAAAAAUGGAGAUUAUUGAAAAGAGAAAUUCAGCUUUUAAGAAUCAAAAUGAAGAAUCAUCCUCAAGCGAAGAAGAAGUUGAUGAUGUCGUGAAGGAAUACCGACAAAAGAGGCAAAAACAAAGGGAAGAAAGACAAUUUGUCAAGAAAGGUUCUGAUCGUGAGAAGGAAACUAUGAAAAUGCUGUCGAAAUUUCAGAAUAAACUAGAAUCUGUAAAGAAGAUGAAAACUCUUCUUGGACCAGUAGAGGAGGAUAACGAAGAAGAUGAAUUCCAGUGGAUGACACAUACUCUAAGUUUCGAAGAGCAUAAUCGUAAAGUAAUUGAUGCGAAUGUCAAAGAGCUUGAUAGAUACGAACUCUACGAUCCUCGAAAUCCUUUAAAUGUCCGGCGAAGAAAAGAAGCCGAAGCUGCCGCUAAAGACCACUCCAAAUCGCGAUCAACUCGUGAAAAACACUAG